AUGACAGACAAAGACAAUAAAAAAGAUUUCAGUAAUUAUUAAAAUAGUCCUAUUUAAGAUAAAAAGUGCACUGAUGUAAUUUGCUGUAUAAUAUAUUUACUAUUCACUAUUGCCUUUUUAGGAAUAGCCGUAUUUGCCUUUAUGAACGGCAAACCUAAUAUAUUAGCCUAACCAUACGAUAUGAAUCAUCAAGCUUGUGGAAUAUCAGGAAAUGAGGACUACAAAUUUAUAUAUUUCCCAAAUCCUUCAAACAUUAAGGAAAAUGUUUGUAUAGAAAGCUGUCCAUAAAAAGAUUAAAAUUCUGUAAAAUGCUUAAAAAAUGAUUUGUGUAAAGAUGGAUAGUUAUAAAAAGGCUAAAAUUUAAAAGUAUUAAUUUAUGAAUCUCGAGGAGUGUAUAAUAAAAUAUGUAUUCCAUAUGAUAAAGAUUUCAGUAAAAAAGUAUUAAAUACAAUAGAUAUAGACAAAAUAGAAGCAUUGGCUUCUGAUUUAAGAAAUACAUGGAUGAUUUGUAGUUUAUCUUCAAUUAUUGCAAUUAUAAUUGGAAUGUGUGCUGGAAGUGUGGUUUGGUUGUUUAUUAUUAUUAUAUUUUCAAGUUUAUUAACUCUUGGUAUAUUAUUCUUAUUUUAAUAUAGAUAAAAUACAAAUCCAAUUGAUAUUUCAACUAGUAAAUAAGCAUAAUAAGUUGCUGAAGCUAUGAGUAAAUUUAAAGAUAAAAAUUAAUGUUUAGUUUUUAGUAUAAUCUUAUUUAGUUUAGCCGGAUUAUUUUUUUUGUUUAUAUUAUGCUCAUGUAAUAGAAUUAAAAUAUGUACUUAAAUUAUAAAAGUAAUAUUUAUAUAUUAAUAUAUGUUAAAAAUAUAAAUUAUUUUCAUAUUUUAGGCUGCUGCUAGAUUUAUAAUGGAUAAUCCAAGAUUAUUACUAGUUUCCUUAAUUACAUUUAUUUUUAGUUUUAUUUAUUUCGCUUUCUGGUUCAUCAUUGCUAUUUAUUUAUAUUCAUCAGGUGGAAUUACUGAUUAACCGGGAUCCUUACCUUUUGGAUAAGUUAAAAUGACCAGGGAAAUUCAAAUUAUGGGUUGCGUACAUAUAUUUGCUUUAUUUUGGAAUGAAGCUUUUAUUUCAGCCUCUAUGUAGUUUAUUAUUAUAGGAGCUGUGGCAUAUUGGUAUUAUUAAGUUCCUGAAGUAGAUGACUCACAUACAACAAUGAGUGCUAAAUCUUAUUUUGCAAAUCAUUUAGGAACAGCUGCUUUAGGGUCAUUUAUUUUAGGUGUUAUUUAAUUUUUAUAAUUAAUAGUUUAAAUUAUUGAAAAUUAAUUAAAAUCUGGGGAUGGGUCUGAAAAUGUAGUAGUUAAAUUUGUAAUGAAAUGCUUAUAAUGUUGUCUUGCUUGUUGUAAUUAAUGUGUUAAGAAAAUCAACUAAAAUGUAUAUGUAAUAUCUUUUGUUAAAGGAGAAAGCUUUUGUGAUGCUGUAUCUUCAUAUUUAGGUUUAUUUGCUUCUAAUCCACUUAGAAUUUCAUUAGUUUCUGGUUUCGGAUACUUUUUUGAAAUUCUAGGAAAUUUUGCAAUUUCAGGAAUUACUUCAUUAAUUUGUUAUUAGAUAAUAACUUAAACAUCAUAUUAUUAAGCAAGGGUCGAAAAUCCAUUAGCCCCUGUUUUUGUUAUUGCAAUCGUGAGUUUUUUUGUUGGAAGUUUUAUUAUGUCAUUGUUCAGUGUUGUAGGAGAAACUAUGAUAGUUAUUUAUUGUAUUUAGGAUGCUGGAGGAUCUAAAAAAUCUCAAAAUUGUCCUAAGAAUAAAAAUUAUCAAAUUUCUGAAAAAAAGAUUAUGUAAAUCAAUUUGAAUUAUAAAGAGAAUAUUAUACAUUACGAAUUAGAAACAAAAGAAAGAAAUAUUUAAUAUUUAAUUAAUUUCUUAAUUAGAAGAAUAUAUUAUUUUGAAAAAAAUAAACUUAAUAACUCUCAUGAAGAAUCUAUAUAUGAAUAAUUGGGUAAUAUAAUUAGUUUUGUUUCUUCAAAUAAUAAUAUUGCAGUUUCUUAUUAUUUUACUCAGAAAAAUAGACCGAUUUCGAUUUUUAAUAAAAAAUGUAUUAACAUUUAACCAUUUUAUACGCAAAAAUAAAAUAACACAAUUAAAUAAGUAGGAUUAGAAGACUUUAACAUUAUUAAAUGCAUCGGACUUGGGGGGUUUAGCAGAGUUUAUUUAGUUCAAAAGAAAGAUAAUGGAAAAAUGUUUGCACUUAAAUUAAUAGAUAAAUGCUUUAUUAUUGAAAAUAAAAAAGAAAUAAUUGUUUAGAAUGAAAGAAAUAUAAUGAUAAUUGUUUUACAUCCUUUUUUACUUAAAGUUGAAUAUACUUUUGAAAGUAAAAGCUAUUUAGGUUUCAUCAUGGAAUAUUGUGCAGGAGGGGAAUUAUUUUAUCAUUUAAGAAGAAUUAAAAGAAUGGACGAGGAAAUGGCUAAAUUUUACUUUGUAGAAAUUUGCUUAGGAAUAGAUUAUUUACAUAAAAGGUUAUUUUAAAAUUAAUUUAAUUUUAAAUUUUAUUUUUAAAAAAGGCAUAUUAUUUAUAGAGAUAUAAAACCUGAAAAUAUUUUACUCGACAUUGAUGGGCAUAUUUGUAUAGGUGAUUUUGGUUUGUCAAAACCUGAUAUGGAUAAAAACGAAUUUGCUUAUAGUUUUUGUGGUUCACCUGAAUACAUGGCUCCUGAAAUGCUUUUGAAAGUUGGACAUACAUAUACUGUUGAUUAUUAUUGUUUAGGAGCUUUAUUAUAUGAAUUAGUAACUGGUUUACCUCCAUAUUAUAAUCAUGAUACGAAUUAAAUUUAUUAAAGUAUUUUAAAUGAAGAGUUGGAAUUUCCGAAUCAUACUUAAUUAUCCUUAGAGUUAAAAGAUUUGUUGUAAUAACUUUUAGCCAAGCAUCCUUUGAAUAGGUUAGGGGUCGUAAAUGGAAUUAGAGAUAUACUUAGCCAUUAAUGGUUCAAAAAUAUUAAUAUUGUUGAUAUUUUAGAAAAGAAAGUUGAUCCUCCUUUAAAACCUAAUAUUUUAGGCUUUAAUUUUGAUGAAGAAGAGUUUUUGAAUGGAGAAUAAGAAUUUAAAAAUAAACUAAUUAAUUGUUAAUUAGGCAAUGAUGAAAAAGAGUUGCCUAUGAUAUUUAACAACUUUUAUUUUGAUGUAAAUAAAGAAAGAAUGAAUAAAAAAAAAAAUCAAGAAGAAAAUAAUUUAAAUGGAAUUAAUUUAAAAUAAUAAAAAAUGCAAGAAUAAAUAAUAUCGAAUAAAAAAAAUAAUAAUUAUGUUUAUUAAUAAAAUGCAAUAGUAAAAAUAUAAGUUAAUUAAAAAAAUAAAAACAGAGGAGGAUAAUGA